UUCAAAAUAACCGCGAAAAUAUUCGUAGUCAAACAUUAAUUCAUAGAUGUCGUUGGAAAAGCAGUAAAUGACAUUUUAAGCAGACAGAUGUGUGGCGGACAGAUGAUUGUAAACACCAUACACAGUGAGACAUAAAUUUAACAUUUUUUAGUAGUUUUAACCAAGUUUUGUGGAAUUUAUGCCUGAAAUGGUUGCUUCAAGUUCAGUCAAUGGAUUUCUUUAAUUUGUGAGAAAUAGCGACAUAGUUUAGAAUAGUUCAAAUGGUUGUGUUUACUGUGUUGGGAUUUAAUUUAUUCGAAAAAAAGUUUCCAUCAUACCCGGUGUUGGUUUGAAAUGAGAGGUAACGUCAGCUCGGCGGAACCCGCCGCCGAAUCUCAACAAAGCAAAAUGUCGGAACCUGAUAUUGAAACCGGUCUGCUCACCAUUAUCAUAACAACUUCUCCGACACCUUCGGCACCAUCAACAGAACUUGUAUCGUCAGUGAUUGACUCUUUACCGUCAUCAUUGCAUAAAUUAAACCUAAUCAUCAGUUUUGAUGGUUUCACCAUUUCGAGUGACAGUCGCGGAAGACUGAAAAAAGGUCAAAUACCACAGUCCAUGGCAGAAACGUAUCCACCGUACAUAGAAAAUGUCAAAUCACUUUUCAAUACCGUUGUGACGCCAGAACGUUUUGAUGAUUCAACGAAUGCCUUCAUCUCAGAAGCUCAUAAUGCGUCCGGUCUACAUGAAGGGCACAUUACAUUUAUAAGACACAAAUAUCGUCAGGGUUUCGGAUUUAGCGUUAAAGUAGCCCUAGAUUAUUGUAGGACACCUCAUGUACUGGUGAUGCAACAUGAUUGGAAAUUCGUCACACCGACACCACCACUUCACGAUCUUCUGAACAUAAUGAUAACAGAGGACGAAGUGAACUACAUUACGUUCAUAGCUCGGCUAACUGUCGGUUAUAAGAAGUCGACAGGGAAAUAUCAUAAUCGUCAGACAGCAGUAUUUGAAGCGAGUCUACAACUCCGUUCCAAUCGGCCGCAUCCUAACGAACUAUUAGCCUGUCUACAUUUCUUCGACCGUCCACACCUUUGUACCGUCUCACUUUAUCGGAAAAUAUUCUCAUUAAACGUAGUCCGACAAGGGGGUUUUAUCGAAGACACUCUGGGCUGUCAAUAUCUAUCCACAAUCGUAUCUGCACCGUCGAACGAAGAAAGUGUGCUGAAAUGGUUGACAUUUGGUUGUUGGAUAUAUUAUCCAGGAGAUGGUACGGAAGUGGCGAUUCGUCAUUUGAGUGGUCGGACGAAUCUGACAAAAGCGGAGCAGGAAGCGAGAAUUAGAAAUUUGAUACGCGAAAACAGAUUGCGAAAAUUAAACGAAGGUCAUUGUGGUGGUAGUGACGAAGCGUGAAUUGGUUAAAUAAAGAGUACUGAAAUGAAGUCGAGAAUGGAGUUUCAUU